AUGGCGAGUCUGUUGGAAGAAACUUUAUUUGAAAUCAGUGGACAAGGUCCUGCGCCAAAUAAAGAUUAUUUUCAUCUUAAAAUAAGUAAAACUGAGGUAAUUUGGAGGUGGUGGAAGAUUUCUUUGCGGACUGAAUGUCGAAACAUGAGGCCGGGGGAAGUAAGAGAAUCGCACUCGGACUAUUUAGACGACAACCGGCUCCAGAGUCAAGUGAGUGUGGUGUUUGGUCCGCGGAUCUUACAGCAUACCAAAGCCUUGUGCGCGGGCCAAAUUGAUUACUUGGAGCGUCUGCCCAAUUCUCUGCUCUUCACCAUCAUGAACUACCUGGAGCUUGAGGACAUCACGAAGCUUGGAUGCACUUCUCGCAGGUUCAGAAAGCUUUGUAGCUCAGAGGAGUUCUGGGAGCAAAUGGUUCGAGUGCGUUUCGACACUGUCCCUGCUGGAGUGGAGGCCAUUGCCCAGGAGCUGGGAUGGAGAUCUGUCUUCUUUACCAACAAGCUGCAGCUACAGAAGCAAAUUAGGCGCAGGACACAUAGGACGACAGAGCAACUUGAUUUGAAAAACAACACAGUGUCACAUCUCGACAGUACAAAGCUGUCAGAGUAUGGUCAGGGUGAGUGGAGAGCAGAGUGUGAGAACGGAUUUAAGUGA